AUGGCAAACGGUCGCUCUUCUCAGGAUGAACGCAAGCUCGAGGGUGGUGCUGCUCCCGCGCCCGCUCCCAGCACCGGCCUGCACCCGGCUUUCUACAUUGCCCUGUGGAUUGCCUUGAGUUCCAGCGUCAUUCUGUUCAACAAGUGGGUUCUUUCUACUGCCAAGUUCAACUUCCCGCUCUUCCUCACAACAUGGCACAUGAUCUUCGCUACUGCCAUGACGCAGGGUCUGGCCAAGUUCACCACCAUCCUGGACUCCCGCCACAAGGUUCCCAUGAACCCUAGCACUUAUGCUCGUGCUAUUGUCCCCAUCGGUAUCAUGUUCAGCUUGUCCCUUAUCUGCGGUAACCUGGCCUAUCUCUACCUCAGUGUUUCCUUCAUCCAGAUGUUGAAGGCUACCAACGCUGUCGUUACUCUCUUCGCUACCUGGGCCUUCGGAAUUGCUCCCGCCAACUUCAAGACCCUUGGCAACGUCGCUAUCAUUGUCGUCGGUGUUGUCAUUGCUUCCUUCGGCGAGAUCAAGUUCGACAUGCUUGGUUUCCUGAUCCAGUGUGGUGGUAUCAUCUUCGAGGCUCUGCGCCUCGUCAUGGUCCAGCGCCUGCUUAGCUCCGCUGAGUUCAAGAUGGACCCUCUCGUCUCCCUGUACUACUACGCUCCCGCCUGCGCCGUCACCAACGGCAUCGUUACUCUUUUCACCGAUGUCCCCCGUAUGACUAUGAACGACAUUUACUCUCUUGGUAUCAUGACUCUCAUUGCCAACGCGCUGGUUGCUUUCCUUCUUAACGCCUCUGUUGUUCUUUUGAUUGGCAAGACUUCGGCCGUCGUCCUGACCAUGGCUGGUAUCCUCAAGGAUAUCCUCCUGGUCUGCGCCUCGAUGAUGAUUUUCCAUGACCCCGUCACUCCCCAGCAGUUCUUCGGUUACUCUAUUGCCCUGGCUGGCCUUGUUUACUACAAGCUGGGUGCCGAGAAGCUCCAGGCCCUUACCACCGACGUGCGCCUGCAGGUCGGCGAGUACCGCCGGGCUAACCCGGCUCAGGCCAAGGGCAUUGCUGUUGGUGUCGUCGCCACCAUUGUCCUGCUGGUCCUGUACACUGGAGCUCCGUCUUCCGCUCGUCUGACCAACUAA